AUGAACUUCCCUGAGAGGGCUAUGAGGAACCAUCUCAGAUCUCCUGAUGGCUGGAAUGUCAGCAUUGCAGCUCAGAGUGGAAGCCAUAUUACAGCACCUGUUCUCUCUAAUAAUAACAUCACAGGCAAUGUUCAGAUCAUACAUAAUGCACCUGAAAGGAGAUCAAUACUUCUCAAAUAUAAGGAGCUGAUACGCAAAGAGUACCAGUAUGUGACAGAGUAUAAUUCUCUGCCUGGUGAGCAUAGGAAGAGAUCUCCGCCAGAGGAGAGACUUUCCAGCAGGUCCGUGGUUCCAGAAGCUCUCAAGAAUCCAUCAGUCUGGACACUCUGUUCAACCCAAACAAAUGAAACUCUCCUCACGGCAUGCUCCAUCCCCGUCAUCUGCUGGAUCAUCGGCACGGUUAUCCGAGAGAGACUUAACGAUGGUGCAGAUGCUACGAGUGGACUGGAGACGACCACGUCUAUAUAUGUUGACUUCCUGUGCACUCUAUUAGAGCAUCACAGCCAGGGUUCGGGUCAAUCCGUUCCCACCCUGGUGAAGAGUCUGGGUCAGCUGGCAGAGAAAGGGAUACUGGCACAGCAAGUCCUGUUUGAUGAGAAGACCGUGUAUGAAAUGGUUUCCGACCCUGCUGGAAGUCCAUUCUUGUGCAAGUUCCUCUUUAAGAAAAGAAUCCACCAGGAGACAAUGUUCAGUUUCAUGCAUCUCAGUUUUCAGGAGUUCUUCACUGCUCUGUACUAUCUCCUAAUGGAUGAAUAUGAGUCAAAAAAGAAACUCAUGCAAAUGGUUUCCAUUCAUAAAGCAAAUGUCAAUGAUCAGUAUUCAGCACCACGUUUUGCAGCUGUAGUGCACUUUAUUUUUGGUCUGUUGAAUGAGGACGUAAGACGCACACUUUGGAAAAGGCAUGGUUUGUUUGUUCAUUCAAACAUACAAGACCAUCUGAAGGAAUGGAUCUUAGAAGAGAUGUCUCAUUCUCGUUCUGAGAGGACUCUGUUUUUAUUCCACUGUCUGUACGAGCUCCAUGAAGAAGACUUUGUGAAAGAAGUGACAGAAGCCUGUCCAAGUGUUUUUUUACACAGUGCAGUCAUAAGAAAAACAGACUGUUGGUCCAUGGUGUACUGCGCUCAGUGCUGCCAGAGUAUUAAAGACAUGUUUAUCUCUUGCUGCUGUAGCUUUACAUCCGAAGAGCUGGCUAUCGUUCAACCUGUACUCCACAAAUUUCUCUCAAUAAAGUUUGACAUGCUGCACAUUUCAAAUUCUGAUUUGGGAGGCAUGAUGGACGUUUUAAUGAGAGAACGGACCCUGAGCUCACAGAGAGUUAUCAUUGAUUGGUGGUUUGAUCUGAAAAUCAGUGAAGAACUGUCCAGGAUUGCAAUAUGCAGAACCAGUUAUCAUCCUGAAGAUGAUUUAAAAAAAAUCAGCCUGUCUUUUCCAAGCUCAGUGCUUGUCAGCAUCGACUGGAUAGAAUUUUUCCAAACACGUUUAAAAUCGGACACAGAUAUACUACUGUUUCUUCUGCAUUCCUUCUCUGUACAGAAGUUGGAACUGAAUUUGAGUAGCCUGACAAAGGCCUGGGCUCAUUCAGUCCUCAACUUCACAUGGGACUAUCCCAGUCUAAGAGAAAUCAGCUUAGAAGCUGACAGGUUACUGGAGGAAGCAGAAAGUGUCUUGAAGAAGUCACACCCAAGGCCUGACUGCACACUGACUGUACAAGGGUUCAGAUGCAAUAAAUCAUCUAAACAGUGCACAGACCAGCGAGUGAAGAUUCAUGUAAGCAAGCAGGGCUUUUUUGUGGAGGUUUUGCGAAGGCCUUUGUUUCCAGACUGAUCUACAGAUUAAUAACUAGAAGUGCACUGGAGGGAGACGGGAUGCGGAUUCAUCAAAGUCUCUCUUUUUAAAUGCAUUUUAUUGUUCUUUAGAUGACAUAACAUGUAUUUACCAAAGAAAACAGGUGAAAGGGUGGAUUUUUCCAAAUGCAAGUCGUUUUAUUUUAUUUUGUUUCAUCUUUGAAUUAUUAAUGAUAUUAUUAAUGAUUUGAAUUAAUGUAUUGCUCCUAAUCCUUGCUCCUAAAUCGUUCUUUUUUUGUAAUGUAAAGUUUAUACAUUUAUUGCCUCAUUAUAUCUGGCUUCCAGAGAACAUAUGCUUUUACAUGUAAUUUCUUUUGUUGAUCUUUGUUUUAAACAAUAUUUCCAAACAGAGAGACAUUGUAGAAAAUAUGAUUGCAGUGUAUUAUACUUUAAGUAGAAAUGUUUUUGCUUUAUAUGAAGGUUUUGCUCCAUUUUGCCUUGCAACUCUUUUUUGCUGAUUUUUAGCACAAACUGUGUUUUGUUAAAUGCAUGUAUGUUCUGUCUAAUCAGUCUGUAGAAAGUGUUGGUAAAGAUUUGAGUUUCUAAUAAUGAUCUAAAGAGGUAACUUUAGAAAGGGCUCUGGUGACACCAAGAGAAGAGGAACUGUUACUUUUUGCCAACCUAUGACACCUCUUCUAUAGUUUUUGAAGUUGUGUAAGUAUUCUUUAGGGCUGCCAAGUUAACAUGUAACACUGUGUCUAAAUACUUAAUUACUUUUUAUAAUCGAAAGGUUUCAUUCUGUUCUGCGUUUAUCUAUAGGUUACAGUAGAAUUUUCAGGACUCAACAAUAUUUCUUUCCUGCAGUGGUUCAGAUUUGUACUGCUCAUUCAUUUUUAUCUCGCUCACUCUUUUUUACAUCUUUGUGUCAGAAAAAUACUUUAUAAUUUAGUUCCAUAA